GUCGAUCCUUACCGGACGUUUCGAUUGUGUGCAGCCCUACUCUUUUCCCUACCUCUAUAGCCCCCAGAGGAGGCAAACAGGAAGAGAGGGCGGCGCGCCGUCGCGUUCGAGUGACGUAGCUGAAGUCGCUGGUGGGAGUCUGCGGCCGGCGAGAGGAGCUUCUCGGUUGCCCUUCCUUGAAAGGGGGCAAAAAAUCCUCCGUUAUCCCGGCCAGGUCCGUCUGCAGCCAUGGCGCAGUACAAAGGGGCUGCCAGCGAGGCUGGCCGGGCCCUCCAGCUGAUGAAGAAGCGAGAGAGGCAGCGGGAGCAGAUGGAGCAGAUGCGGCAGCGCAUUGCAGAGGAGAACAUCAUGAAGUCGAACAUCGACAAGAAGUUCUCGGCCCACUACGACGCCGUGGAAGCGGAGCUGAAAUCCAGCACUGUGGGUCUGGUAACCCUCAAUGACAUGAAGGCCAAGCAAGAGGCCCUGGUGAAGGAACGGGAGAAGCAGUUGGCCAAGAAGGAACAGUCGAAAGAACUGCAACUGAAGCUGGAGCGGAUGCGUGAGCGAGAACGCAAACAGGAGCAGAAGCGCAAGAUCUCCAGCUUGUCCUUCACCUUGGACGAGGAAGAGGAGGAGGACGGAGGAGGAGAGGAAGAGGAGGAAGAAGUGGAACUUGAGCGGGAAGAGGUGCCCAGCAAGAAGAGGAAAUUGGGGAAGAAUCCAGAUGUGGACACCAGCUUCCUGCCCGAUCGGGACCGUGAGGAGGAAGAGAAUCGCCUUCGAGAAGAGCUCCGCCAAGAGUGGGAAGCGAAACAGGAGAAAAUCAAGAGCGAAGAAAUCGAAAUCACCUUCAGCUACUGGGACGGCUCCGGACACCGGCGGACAGUCAAGAUGAAGAAGGGGAACACCAUCCAGCAGUUCCUGCAGAAGGCCCUGGAGAUCUUGCGCAAGGACUUCAGCGAACUCCGGUCUGCCGGUGUGGAGCAGCUGAUGUACAUCAAGGAGGACCUGAUCAUCCCACAUCAUCACAGCUUCUACGACUUCAUCGUCACCAAAGCCCGGGGGAAAAGCGGGCCGCUCUUCAAUUUUGACGUCCACGAUGACGUUCGACUUCUGAGCGACGCGACGGUGGAGAAGGACGAGUCCCACGCCGGGAAGGUGGUGCUGCGCAGCUGGUACGAGAAGAACAAGCACAUUUUCCCCGCAAGCCGAUGGGAGCCCUACGACCCCGAGAAGAAGUGGGACAAGUAUACGAUCCGCUGAACAGCUAUUGGCAGGGUGUUCCGUGUUGUUCCUGGCUGCCCGAUGCUCCCUCCAACAGCCCCCGCUGCAUCUUUUUAGUUGAAUCCCACCCUACAACCUUUGCAGCUGAACCCCCCCCCCCCCCGAAAGAAAUGUAUCAACCUUUGGUGAAAUAAACUCCGCUUCACCCAA